AAGUGGUCCUGCUGCGGGUGCGAGUGCGACGAGAGAACAAGAAGAUCCUGAAGAUUUAGAUCCUAUUACGCCAGCAUCACAGCCAGCCGUUUCUGAAGUUUCGCGCGCGAAGAUGAAGGACGAUGAGCUCGUGACUACCAAAGUGCUGAGGACUCCGGUGUCGUGCAAGAAAACGGAAGCUUUGCCUCCGACCACUGGGCGGAAGGUGAACCAGGAAGCAAGAGCUGCCGGCGAAGAAGGAGACGAGAGUUCUUGUGAAGAUCGUGAUCUUGAGGUACGAGAAUGUAGUCGAGGACCUCCGGCUGCAGGACCGCCGCCUGGUGCUACGCUAAAAGCCACUGACGUGUGGGACGUUUCACACAUCGGAGUAUCAGCGUUGGACAAGACCUACGCAUUUGAUAGUACAGUCGGAGUAGAUGUUGAAAGGGACGACCGAGCAGAAGGUCUUGCAGAAUAUCCUUCGCCAGACACUAAAACCGCGAUCACCGCCGGGAAAAGUAUCACCUACGCCCGGGAGGAACUGCUGCGGGCGCGGAACUACACGAGAGGAGCUAGCGCGGCUAGGUCCGGCGAAAAAGAAGAUGACUCGACGCUCCAGGCUGAACAAGGUUCUCGUUCCAGUAGCGGUUCCAGUGCUGCUCCUUCUUGCGGAGCAGAGCGGUUGAAGAUUUCAGUCUGUGCAGUGGAAAAUGAUGAAACUAGUUGCAUUUCUGAGCAUACUUAUCCGGUGAAGGAAGAAAAACGUUCGCGUGGGCGGGACACGACGCCCCGUCCUCAACGGCGUGGCGCGGACACGUCGACCAGUCGUUGUACUGACGUUUCUGUAGUUGCAUCCAAAAACGACCAGCAGGAUCAGUACCAGCCUUCCCCCGCGUCCUCGCAAAAGAGUGGGAAGGAAGGGCCCUCUACGGAGGUGGUUUCGGAGCCCAAAGGGUCGUUGUUCCCUACGCCGAAAGAAGGCCCUGAUCUUGGUGGCAACCCGGGCGCAUCGUCGUCGGCGGAAGCGGCAGGCUUACCCGGUAAGUGA